AAGGAGAAGUGGACACACGAUUUACAUUUUGCAGUGUAGCUAGUUUGGCUUUGUUGAAACGUCUUGAUGAGAUUGACAUGGAUAAAGCCAUUCAGUUUGUUCUAUCUUGCAUGAAUUUUGAUGGAGGAUUUGGCUGCCGACCUGGUUCUGAAACACAUGCUGGACAAGUGUACUGCUGUUUAGGUAUAUUGUCAAUUGCUCAUGAGCUACAUCAUGUAAAUGCAGAUUUAUUAGGUUGGUGGUUAUGUGAAAGACAACUUCCAUCAGGGGGUCUAAAUGGUAGGCCAGAAAAACUUCCUGAUGUGUGUUAUUCAUGGUGGGUUUUAGCAUCAUUAAAAAUUAUUGGAAGGCUUCACUGGGUUGAUAAAGAUAAAUUAAUAAAAUUUAUUCUGGCAUCACAAGAUGAAGAAACAGGUGGAUUUUCUGAUCGCCCAGGAGAUAUGGUUGACCCUUUUCACACCUUAUUUGGAAUAGCCGGUUUGUCUCUUCUUGGAGAGCCAAAGAUCAAAGAAGUUAACCCUGUUUUCUGUAUGUCUCAAGAUGUUAUUAAGAAAAUUGGCCUCAAAGUUGAAAUGUUGAAAAUGUAGCUAUAUUUAAAAUAAAGUAUAUAUGUAUAUAUUGAUAUAAACCUAUUCAAAAUGGCCU